CAUCGCGGAAAAACUAACGACGCUUCGCGGGGAAGUGUGGGUGGGAGAAAUAAAGGGCUGACAGGCGAGGCCCUGCAGCGCCGGAGCACCCCAAAAUGUCUCGGAGGCAGGAGGAGCAGAGAGGGGGCGCGCCCUUGAUGGCGGAAGGCAAGUCGGACGCAGAGGUUAGGCUCAUUCUGUACCACUGGACACAUUCUUUCAGCUCUCAAAAGGUGCGCUUGGUAAUUGCUGAAAAGGCAUUGAAGUGCGAGGAACAUGAUGUAAGUCUGCCCCUGAGUGAGCACAAUGAGCCUUGGUUUAUGCGUUUGAACUCAACUGGAGAAGUGCCUGUCCUUAUCCACGGGGAAAACAUUAUUUGUGAGGCCACUCAGAUCAUUGAUUAUCUUGAACAGACUUUCCUGGAUGAAAAAACACCCAGGUUAAUGCCUGAUAAAGGAAGCAUGUAUUACCCACGGGUACAACAUUAUCGAGAACUACUUGACUCAUUGCCAAUGGAUGCCUAUACCCAUGGCUGCAUUUUACAUCCUGAGCUAACUGUGGACUCCAUGAUCCCAGCUUAUGCAACCACACGGAUUCGCAGCCAAAUUGGUAACACAGAAUCUGAACUGAAAAAACUUGCUGAAGAAAACCCAGAUUUACAAGAGGCAUACAUCGCAAAACAGAAGCGACUUAAAUCAAAGCUGCUUGACCAUGACAAUGUCAAAUAUUUGAAGAAAAUUCUUGAUGAAUUGGAGAAAGUCUUGGAUCAGGUUGAAACUGAGUUGCAAAGAAGAAAUGAAGAAACCCCAGAAGAGGGCCGCCAGCCUUGGCUCUGCGGAGAAUCCUUCACCCUGGCGGACGUCUCUCUUGCUGUCACAUUGCAUCGACUGAAGUUCCUGGGGUUUGCGAGGAGAAACUGGGGAAAUGGAAAGCGACCAAACUUGGAAACCUAUUACGAACGUGUCUUGAAGAGAAAAACAUUUAACAAGGUUUUAGGACAUGUCAACAAUAUAUUAAUCUCUGCAGUGCUGCCAACAGCAUUCCGGGUGGCCAAGAAAAGGGCCCCAAAAGUUCUUGGCACUACCCUUGUGGUUGGUUUGCUUGCAGGGAUGGGAUAUUUUGCCUUUACGCUUUUCAGAAAGAGACUUGGCAGCAUGAUAUUAGCACUGAGACCCAGACCAAAUUAUUUCUAGUCUUAUAGGGAUCUAGUGGUGGCCACUCGUCCAGCCAUUCAACUAGACCCUUGUAUACUCUUCCAGGCCCAGGGAAGAAUGACCCUAGGCAAUUAGUAAAAAGUAUAAUUUACUUUACUCUUUGGGUAGUUUUGUGGGGAGAGGAGGUAAUGAAAAUGUUUUUGUGGGCUGGUAACUUUGAAAUUACUUAUUUGCAAACCUGAACUAAUCCAUCCUUAAAACACGUGCAAGGUCAAGAUACAAAUGUGCUGACAGAGAAUUAGACCUUUAACUCAGAAUGCCAGUUCAAGUUCUGAAUUAUUUUUUGGGAGGAGUUUCUUACUAUGAGCAGACGGUAAUAAUCUGUGAUUGCCCAUAUCUCUUCAUCUGAGACGAUCUGGAUGUGCUGAGUGUUGAGCAGUUAGCAACAUUUUCCACUGGAAUUCAGAAAUCAUCUUUGUUUCACAACCUGGGUUCAGACAGCAGUGGGGCACAACAGUGCUUCACAUGAUCAUUGUUAGAUCCAGGCAGAAAUAAGAGAGACAAAGGGAACAGGGAGAGGGAAAAGAGGGAAAAUGAAGUCUAUAUAGUGGAGAGCAGUAGAAGGCAACCUCCAGGUGCCUCCAAUGCCACUCAUGGCCGCCUGUCUCCUUAGUAAGCAUUAGACUACUUGUGGCCACUGCCCACAUAUCCUCCUAUACUUAAGACCUUGGAAAGAGGACUGGGGAGUUACUGGUGGGAGUGGACUGGAGAAAAUUCUGGGCUUUACACUUACAGCACCUCAUCCAGCCUUAGUAUUAAUUUUAAAUGCAUAUGAAUCACACUCAUUGUUUUAAUAAGAUUAGCUGCUUAUAUACUUGGGUGUGAAAUGCCCACUGGAACAUGUCUGCCUAGCAUUUACAUAAAAAUCUUAAGUGCUGUAAAAUGGUUCCUUUCCUUUCCUCAUAGUUCCCCAAUUGGAUGGUGCCUGUGAACUAUCACUCCUUUGGACUUUUGUGUCCAGUCACUGGGGGUCUUGGCUUCUACAGCCCUUUUUAGCACACAAAUGGAAGUCAGGUGAAUAUCCCAGCUAAUCACUAACAUGGCAUGUGGCUGGGAAGUGGGUAUUUUAAUGAUCUGGAAGUAUUAAAUAUGCCCAUUCUGUAUAUGAAGAGGCUGGUGUGUUAAAAAAAAAACACAAAAACGUUGCCUAGACCUUGCAUCUGUUUAUUGUCAUUAACAAGGCCUUAAAAGGUUAAAGAGAAAGAGAAAGGUCUAGUCUUAGCCCAUGGAAAUUAAUUUAGGGGAAAUGAAAUAAGUUGAUAGUGAUGUCCACUUAUAUUCAUUUAUGUAUGUCUAGGCAUUUCAGAGGGUACCUCAGUCCCUCUGGAGGGACAAUCCCAGUGUGUCCCAUGAACAACCAUGGAACUGCAUCAUACAGUUUGUGCUCAGGAAAAAAUGUUCAUGGUGACAGGAAGAUACAGUUUCCCUGGAGCUGGCCUGAGGGAGUUGGGGGAUAGUUUUAGAUCUCUGGCUGGAAGCAUGUAUAGAGAAUGAUGAGCUGAGGUUCCAGCAAACAACAAAAGCUUAUUUGGAUUGCCUCAGAUUGGCUAUGCAAAACAGCCAAAGAAUGUACUGACUUUUUCAUUAACAGGAAACAGUCAUACUUAGGAAAUGACUUUUUGAUGGUAAAAUGAGUCUAUAAUUCCAUUUCAUGAAUCAGUUGUUUUAGAAAAUCUUGAAAUGGAUAUUCCUUGUUUACAAAAAUUAAUAACAUCUCAGUGUAAACUCAAUACAACAAUAAUUAACAGACUGGCAGCUUUUCUAAUGUCUUAAUAUUGCCCCUCAGUGCAUUGUCAUAGAGACUGGCUGGAUUUGUUUAUUGCUGGCACAUUCCAAUUCAUAUUCCGAAAAGAGCCACAAAACUGAUUAUUUAGUAGCUCAUCGUGUUUCAGAGAUCUUUAUAUCACCCUGUUAGAAGCCAGAAUUCAGACAGGAAGAGAACAAAAUUGGAUUUUUAUAAAAAUCUACAAAAGGUAUUUACCUAUGGAAAGGUUGUUGAUUAAGAAUAAAGAUUAGAAGCCCAGUGCUGGCUUUUCUUAAAUAUUAUUACUGAGUCAGAGAAAGUCUACCAGGAAGUUUAAUCUUCUGAUAUAGUUUCAUUGGAAAUAUGCUUGUGUCAAUAUUAAAGAUGAUACAUCAUAGUGAUUUCACUUGUUUCAUGGAUACCCUUGCGUUUAGACUUAGAAAAUGUUUGGGGUCAUAAUGCCCACUAGAUGUCGCUGUUCACACAGUGGUCUGAGAUUGGGCAUUAGGUUCAGCAAGCUUUCUAAAAUAGCUCAAGUGAAGAUAAAUAUUAAUGACCUUAGUUUCUGAAAUGAGGGCAUCUUGAUCAGAUCAUUCGUCUGUAAAAAAGCUUGAGGCACAUGUAGUAUUGAUUUCUAAUGCUUUGGAAGGGAUAACAGUAUCACACAAGGUCAGGCUAAACAUAUACUGUUAGCAAAAUAAGCACUUUUGUCUAUUUUUUUCACGAUCAUUGGUGACUGACCAGUGUGCUCCUCACUUUUCAAGGUUUGUAUAAAUAUCAAAAUUAUAAAAAUGCCUGAGGUACUAAAUUUAGGUUGACUAUGUAUGACUUAAUACAUAAAUACUAUUUUAUUGUUAUUGCAAUUACAUGCCUUUUGAAUCGAUUUCCCUUAAUUGCAGAUAGUUGUAAAUGUUUGCUUGAUUUUUAGUGAUUAUUGACACCAGAAUUGUAGAUAUUUUGGUGUUGUUGAAUGUAAUAGAUCAAGUUACUAUUCUGCCUGUAAGAUCAAUAAAAGUAAAUGGAUAAUCAA